AUGAAUUCUUCGAAUCAAUAUUCGCCCCAACAAACAUCUACCUCCACCACGGGCACUUCAAGUGCGGCCGUUGCAAGUUCCUCCAAUACUGCAGCAAGCAACUAUACUUACACAGAGCAGACAUUAAGUGAAGACGAAAACUUCCAAAGAAACAUAGACCACAUGGGCGGUUGGAUACCAUCCAACCUCAGCCACCCAGAUGAAUUAUCAUUGUCUAAGUCUUGA